GUAUGAUAAAAUGUGUUCAAAAUACAGAAAAUAUUUCUACACAUUUUUAUUUACUCAACUUUUUUGGACAAUUUAAUUUUACAGUGAAUUUAAGACGUUAUGAAUUCAACACUAAAUUUAGUCAUCUUUAUGACUUUAGCUAUAUCAAUUGUCACAUCAUUAUUAGAUAUCUCGAUUGAUGCUCCAAUUUCAAAUACUACAGUAGAUAAUAGGGAGAUAGAAAACUUUAAAAGUCGAUAUAGAAGAUCAAAGCUGCAGUCUACUUCAAAAAAGCAAAAUCGAUUGCUUUCGUUAUUUACAAUCGUCAAAUUCGAUAAUGAACCUUGUUACUCGUCAUCUGGAGACAGUGGAAUCUGCAUGACAUCUGCAGAGUGCUAUCAAAAUCGAGGAGUACCUAUUGGAUCAUGUGCUAAUUCUUAUGGCGUUUGCUGUUUGUCAUUGUCAACAUGUGGCCAGACUAUCCGCGAAAAUGGUACUUAUUUUGUAAACGCAGGAUAUCCAGACGGCCUAAAUGCUACCGGAACAUGUCAAGUGACCAUACAUAAAACAUCCCCUCACAUUUGUCAAUUCAAAUUAGAUUUUGAACGUUUUUCUAUUACGGGUCCCGAACCUGUUAAUCACCAAUGUGACAAUGAUCAAUUUAUUGUUUCUGGUUCAAAUCCCGUACCAGUAAUUUGUGGAUUAAAUACGGGUAGUCACAUGUACGUAGAUGCUGGCACGGGUACAAGUCCAAUUAUAUUGACAAUGGUUACGAGUGGUAUAAUUUUUAGAAGAAAUUGGAAAAUUAAAGUUAGUCAGAUACCUUGUGACUCUACAACAAAAGCUGAAACUGGUUGCUUACAAUAUUACACUGGAAUAUCGGGUACGGUGAAGUCGUUUAAUUAUGAAUCAUUUUCUGGUCUUCAUUUAUCAAAUCAGGAUUACACAAUAUGCUUGAGGACCGAGCGUAAUUUCUGCUCUGUACAAUAUUCAGCUUGUGAUGAUCAAAUGAACAAUAGAAGUCACGCGUUCACAUUAACUGGAAAUACAUUGGGUCAAAACCCCGUACAAGCAAACGUUGGUAGCGUUGGGUCGAGUCCUUGUAAUUCUGACUACCUCAUUAUUCCUUGUGUUUCGAGUAAGCAAGGACCUGUUACAUCAGUCACGAAUACAUGUGUGGAUAGACUAUGUGGUGGUACUUUAAACACAGAUUAUACUACGAUUCCAAAUACGUUAAUUAGUAGUGUACGACCAUUUCGGUUAUCUUUCCAUACUAACUCAGUGGAAAUGCCAAAUGACAUGGGUAAUCGUGGUUUUUGUCUUAACUAUAUUCAACAACCGUGUAAUGCUAAUUAUGUUUAAGAAUUCAAUUA